AAAAUCACAAGGAUUUGAUUUGACUGUAAGUGGAAAUGUCAUAGGACUAUAGGAGUGGCAACAUUAGUUUACUUUUAACUGAUCCAAUAGAAACCAAUUAAAGUUGAAGUGCUUUCAACAGAUAAGGAGAAAAAUUGGUGAGUGGGGAAUCUCAAACUUGACAGAGGAAACGAUUAAAGAUGACGUAACCAUCCCCUUGGGAAGACCCAAGCAUCACCUGGUGGGGACAGUGAAGAGACAUAUGAUAGAUCUACGAUGUCUUAUACCACACUGCUUCAUCUUGUCAGUCUCAAAUUAUUCCAUCCCUCAUAUAUAGAACCAAUUUGAGAGUCAGGAGAAGGAUUCAACAGAUUACCUCCAUUCAGCACCAACAAGUGAGCUGAGCAUUAGGAAAAGAAGAUUUCUCCAAGGAAGGAAUUGGCAGCUACUACAAGCUAAGAUGCCAAGUGAAGAAACUGGUAAUCAAGGCACACCACAACUGAAUCCAGGAGAGUGGUUGAAUUUGAGCCUCGGAGGGGAUCCAUCACAAGCAUCCAAAGAAUCUGAGGUACAAUCAAGACUUGCUUCAGCCAAGGUUUUCUCAUGCAACUUCUGCAUGCGUAAGUUCUACAGCUCACAAGCAUUGGGUGGACACCAGAAUGCUCACAAAAGGGAAAGAGGCGCAGUACGACAUUACCAGUCACACAAAAUGAUGGCGAUGAUGGCCCUGCCCAUGCCUAUCCGUACCUCCAUGUUCAGAUCACUUGGGGUCCAAGCCCAUUCCCUUGUGCACAAACCUGGCAGAGAUGGAAAUACGACUGUAGCCAGAUUUAGUGAGGCUACCACAAGAUUUGACAUAGCACGGCAGCAAGGCACACUGGAAGGAGCAGCAGAUUUGAUGUGGCCUGGAAGUUUCAGAUCGGAACCCCAACAACCAGAGCAGAAAUCAUCCAACUCAACUAUGCUCGACUUAAAUCUCAAACUUUGAAAAUUCUGUAUGUGUUAGGGCAAAUAUUAUAGAUUGUAUUGUAACCUAUGCUUUCCAGAGAAUUUCCAGAAGAUAAGAAGAGUGACUACUUAAAAGCUCACUUCAAUGCAUCAUUACUGAAGUUUCUGGCUGAAAA